GAGAAAGAGAGAGAGAACUCUACAGACCACACAUUACGGCAACAGACUUGCUGCACUUCCUCCUAAAGAUGCUGAAUCCUCAGUGGAGCAGUCUUUGGGCCAUUUUGGGAGUUCUGCUCUUCCACUCAGUGGGAGGAGAUCACAGCCAUUGCUUGGAGAGUGAUCGCUGUAGGGAUAUGGACACAGAAGCUGGGAUUUUGGAGUGUAUCAAGGCCUGCAGACUGGAUCUCUCAGCCGAGUCACCAGUAUAUCCUGGCAACGGCCACAUGCAGCCUCUGUCUGAGAAUAUCAGGAAGUAUGUCAUGAGCCAUUUCCGCUGGAACAAGUUUGGCAAAAGCAACAGCAGCGGUGGUGACUUAGGUCAUAAGAGAGAGGAACUCUCCAAAGAUCCCACCCUAGACUUCUUUCCAUUUCCUUUGCAAGCCCAGAGCAACUGGAGAGGAGACAAUGACCUGGAAAGACAAGACCUGGAAAGACAAGAAAGCAAGCGAUCAUACGCCAUGGAGCAUUUCAGAUGGGGGAAGCCUGUGGGCCGGAAGAGGCGACCUGUGAGGGUCUACCCAAAUGGAGUGGAGGAAGAAUCCUCAGAGAGCUAUCCCCAAGAGUUCAGACGAGAACUUUCCAUGGAAAUGGACUACCCUGAAUUUGACUCCCAUGAAGAAAAGAAGAACUCUGAAGCCGUGAUGUCUGAAGAGGAGGACGACCUGCCAGAAGAAGUCAAGAAAGAUGGCACUUCAUACAAGAUGCGUCACUUCCGGUGGAACACCCCGCCUAAGGACAAACGCUACGGUGGCUUUAUGACUUCAGAACGCAGCCAUACACCCCUAGUGACUCUUUUUAAGAAUGCCAUCAUCAAAACCGCCUACAAGAAAGACCAAUAAGAAUGAAGGGGGUUAUGAUGACCGAAAGCACGGGAGGGACCCUGGGUAGAUUUCUUUGGCACGCGUUUCAUUUAGAUACCGUUAAUGAUGAUCAUUUAUUCUAACUCGUUGUUAAUAAUAAUUAAGGAGCUCGUUGCUUAGGGAACACUUCAUUCUGGUUCUGAAUGUACAAAUAACUUGGGGAGGGAGGGGGAGGUAUGCAAUGAAAGUUAAGCUUACAUCCAUUGUGUAUGUGUAACAAAGUGGGAAAGCGAGUGAAGGGAAUAGCUAUCUUUCAGAAGGGCAGAGUAUUUUCAUAUUUUAAACCAGAUGUACAAUACUGUAAAUGAAAGGAUAAAAGAUAUAAAAUAAUAAUAAUGAUGAUAAUUACAAUAAUACAUCUUUUGCAAGCUAAA